AUGCUGGUUCUUGUGGGCUACUUGCUUUGGUACGCCAUCUUCCGGCCGCCCAGCACCAGCGUGUGCAUGCAGGACUACCAUGACAACCUCGCCAGGGCCAGGAGCAAUGUGUCCGGGGUGGUGGCCAUGCACUCCCUGCAGAACGCUUCACAGGCCUUCGAAAGCACCUUCGACGCGAAGAUAGACUGCUUCUUGGCAAAGUACAAGCGAGGAAUUACUUUUGACCUCGCGAACUAUUCCGACGACCCACUGGCCUACCAGUGGAAAAUGCAGAUUGGCUCCAAGGAGCAGAUGUCGGAAGUGUUCGCGGAGCGGCGUCAGAUGAUGUCCGCGGACAAUUUCGCUCAGCUCUAUGACCUCCUGCACCUAGACGGCGUCUGGGCUUACCUGUACUCGCAGUACUACCCCAAGGACGUUCAGGAGGAGCUCAUGCAGGUGGACCUUCGGGAAACCUCCAUGAUGGUCACCAUGGUCAAGAUGCCAAAGUGCAUCGACGAGAUGGUGGACACCUACCGCUUUGAGAACUACGAGAAGUACUACUACUACGCCAGCGGCGGGGCCCGUUGUUUAAGAACCGCUUUGUCUUGCUUUGCAACCCUAAGCCCUAAACCCUAA